AAACUCGAGUCUGUCCAGCUGUUUCUUGUUUUCCAGUCUCACUAUUCGACUGUAGAUAUUGUCAAUCAACCAUACUUUGACACGGAACUCCUCCUUCAGAUGGCUCACCAGAAGUACCAUUGGCUACUGUAUACUGAUACAUCCAAUGGUGGACGCCGAUUGGCUGAGGCGAGUAGUUGUCAAGGCUUUAGGCUUCAUUCACCAUUUUGCGACUGUAGUGUAGGACAGAAGCUGUCGUACUUUUCCUCGUUUGGGAGGCUUUUGCGGAAGAAAAAUAUUUGCGAGCCCAGAGCCUGACAACCGUGGACGACCAGCAUUUCAAUCGCUCUAAUUCUGGAAGGAUAUCUUUCUCGCGUCACUGAUAAUUAUUUCUGGGCCUUGGAACAGCAGGACUGAGCUGAGACAGAAGAACGAAGAAGGAGAAGAAGAAGAAGAAGAAACAGAAGCCAGAUAAAAAGAGAACGUGCAAGAGAGCGAGAAACGCAGAAAGAGAAAGAGAGAAAUUGAAAGGAAGAGAGAGAGAGAGAGCGAAAGAGUGAAGAAGAGAGAGACGAAAGGGCGGGAUGAGCAACAGAGAGGCAGGACCAGAGGGAAGAUAGAAGCAGGGAGGAAGGGAACCUUCUCCUCCUCCCCAAGCAUCCUGCGGCAGACCGCAGACGCGACAGCCGUCAGCUACCGGGGAGGGCUGGGUGCCGCCGGUGGUAGCGGUGGUGGUGGUGCCGGUGGCGGGUCACGGGCAUCUCCGACGACGUGAAGCCAUCAUGAAGCCACUGAAGAAGGGGGGCCGGCCCUCGCCCCCGUCCACCCGCGCCAAGGCGGCGGGCAGGAAACGCGGCCAGCCCGACAACAACAACGACAGCAACAACAACAGCAGCAGCAGUCCCGAGCAGCAGGACGCCCCCACACGCUCCUCCUCCUCCUCCAGCACCAAGCACGUAUCCUCCUCCUCCUCAUCGUCCCCGUCCCCCCCGAAAAGACACAUGACGCCUCCCUCGUCACACUCGGACUCGGACACCAACACACCUCGCGGCGGUGGCACUGUCAACUCUGUAACUUCGGUGACAGCAGCAGCAGCCACGCCGGACCGGGAUGACAUCCUGACCCGGGAGGGGGACAAGGUGGCAGGAGGUGGAGGAGGAGGUGGAGAGGAGAGACCCAGGAGCUGCCGGUCCUCGGACAGCAGUGGCAGCGCCGCCAGCUCCAACAGCAGCCCCAACCCCUCGGCCAGCCGCAAGACCGCCACCUUCAAGGCCCGCGUGCCCAAGAAGAAGUACACCUCCGAGCACUGCUCCUCUUCGUCCUCGUCCUCGUCAUCGGUUGGAGUCGGCAACCACGGCAACUCCAGCACGCCUCCGCUGGCCAGCGGGAACAGCAGCAGUAGUGAUGGUGGCGGUGGUGGUGGGAUACACAACGGGACGUCCAGCAGCCUCUCCACGGCUCAGCCUCAGGGCGGCCAGCAACUACACACCCCCAACAGCACACAGCACACCCCCAGCCAGCCUCCUGCCCAGGCCACCACCACCACGGUCUCCCAGUACGGGGACAGGGAGGCUGGGGAGAGGCCGUCGGCGGCGCCGUUGUCCAGCCCUCCUCGGUGCUCCUCCACAGACACCGCCAGCGAGCACUCGGCCGACCUGGACGUGAUCUCCACCAACUCCACCACCACCACCACCGCAGCCUCCCACAGCAACGGCACCACCACCACCACCAACUCUUCCGCCGCUGCAGCAGCAGCAGCAGCAGCAGCAGCAGCAGCCUCCCAGAGCAGGACGGACACCCCCUCGGAUCCCGGAGGGCCGCCGUCGGACCGUCCCCAUCACCAUCCGCACCAGCAACAGCAGCACCACCAAGGCCCUCAACCGCCGCCACCGCCCCCGCCACCAUCAGCAUCGUCCACGGCCCCUCACGGCAACCCCCCGCCACAGGACGGCCUGGCCGAGGCGCUGGCCAAGGGCCUGAAGAACCAGCGCGUGCUGGCGCGCCAGAGCUCCGGCGUGUUCCGCGCGGGCGUGGUGCGGCACGUGAGCAGCGGCGAGCAGGGCGGCAGCGUGGUGGAGGUGCAGCUCAACGGGGAGAAGGGCGUCAGCUACUACCCCUUCCGGCCCGCGGGGGGCGACGUGGACCUGGUGCUGGACGCGCCGCCGCCGGGCUCGGGCCAGGUGGCCAUCGGGACCUGCGUGUGCGUGCCGUUCGGCGCGGGGCCCGGCGAGAGCGGCGGCGGCGUCAGCAGCGAGGGGGGGUCCUCGCCGCAGACCUACCGCGAGGGGCUGGUGACGCAGGUGGACCCGCAUGUGGCCGUGCCCCACCCCUAUCGAGUCCUCCUGAGGGAUGAUCCCGGGGCGGAGCAAACAGCAGCAGACCAGGACGACGACAGCGGCGGCCCCAGCCCCGUGCAGGCCGUCUGGGUGUCCCGGCAGAGCCUGCGGCUCCUGGUGGCGCCCUGGGACCUGGACCCGGGGAGCCGCGCCUGGGAGGACCGCGAGGACAUCGAGGUGUCGCAGUUCAUCGGCGGGCCCAUCUACCGGCGCCCGCUGCCCCCGCACCCCGCCUCCGCACCGCCACCACCACCACCACCCCUCCCCCCGCCGCCACCCUCGUCCUCGGUCCCCUACGUGGUGUCCUCCACGGCCACCACGGCCAUCGCCGCGGCCGGCGGGGUCAUGAUGACCUCCGUGCUCAACUUAGCCGCCGCCGGGGGCCACCGCGACUGGGAGCGCGAGCAGGAGAUGGAGAGGGAGCGACAGCAGAGGGAGAGGGAUAGAGAGAGGGAGCGACAGCAGAGGGAGAGAGAAAGGGAACGCGAGCAGCAGGAGAGGCUCCAGCAACAUCAGCAGCAACAGCAGCAGCAGCAGCAGCAGCAACAUCACCAGGCUCCAGAAGAAGACAUGGAGGUCACCAUCUUCAACACCGCCCCCAUGACCAUGAGAGACGCGGCCGGCAUGGGCGUGCCGCCCCCCACCCUCGUCAAGCCCCUGGGGGUGUCCCCGCACCAGCCCCGGCACAUCCUGUCCAAGCCCUCGUACCUGUCGGUGGUGCGUAACAUCGGGCCCCCCCUGGGCCCCCAUCUGACGCUCAACCACCCGCACGGCGCCCCGCCCUCCGUCCUGCUCGGCCUGGACGGCAGCACGCCGGUCAUCUCGGCGGCGCCGCCCCCGCAGCUGCCCCCUCUCCCGCCCACGCGCAGCAUCCUGGAGAAGCCGUCCUCCGCAAACUCCCACGGAUCCUCGGGCGGCGGCGGCUCCGGUUCCGGCGGAGGCGGAUCGGGCUCGGGUUCGGGCUCGCGGUCCCGCACCCCGCUCACGGCCGCGCAGCAGAAGUACAAGAAAGGCGACGUGGUGUGCACGCCCACUGGCAUCCGCAAGAAGUUCAACGGCAAGCAGUGGCGGCGGCUGUGCUCGCGCGAGGGCUGCUCCAAGGAGUCGCAGCGCCGCGGCUACUGCUCGCGCCACCUCUCCAUGCGCACCAAGGAGAUGGAGGCCGGCGGAGGACCGGGGGGACCGGGCGGCCUCGGAGGACGCGACCGAAGCGGAGCCAGCAGCACGGGCACCCUGACGCCGGACCUGCGCCUGGGCGGCAGCGGGCGCACCAGCAGCGAGUUCGACUGGGACGAGACGUCGCGCGACAGUAGCGAGGCCAGCAGCCGCGGCGGCGAUUCGCGCCCGCGCCUGGUGCUGCCCUCCCUGCUGCCGCAGGAGCUGUCGCGCGACUUUGCCCGCGACCUGUCGCGCUUCGACUUCGACGAGUGCGAGGCGGCCAACAUGCUGGUGUCGCUGGGCAGCUCGCGCUCGGGCACGCCCUCCUUCUCGCCCGUCUCCAACCAGUCGCCCUUCUCGCCGGCGCCCUCCCCGUCCCCCUCGCCCCUCUUCGGCUUCCGGCCGGCCAACUUCAGCCCCAUCACCGCCCCGGCGUCCCUCACCCCCCGCCGACCGCGCCACCUGAGCGGCACCAAGCUGGGCGGCGUGGUGGUGCCCGGCGGCGUGGUGGAGCGCGAGCGGCACCUGUCGGGCGUGGUGCCCACCUUCCCCACCAACCUGACCUUCACCGUGCCCAUGAGCCCCAGCAAGCGCAAGCCCGGCGAGCACCCCCACCAGGGCCCGGCCUCCUCCGCCGCGGCCACGGCCGCCACCGUCCUGCCCCUCGUGGCCGCCCCCUCCUCCAUCGCCAUCCCGCACGACUACGGCAAGCCGGAGGUGCAGCAUCAGAUGCCCAUGCUGGUGGGCGACCCGGCGCUGGGCGGCUUCCGGGUGCUGUCGCCUCAGAGCCAGCCCCAGACGCCCUUCUCCCGGCCGCGCAGCGCCGCCAGCCGCCCGCCCUCCUCGGCCGCCUCCACCCCUCCUCCCAUGCUGGUGUCUCCCACGCCACCCUCGCCCCUGCCCCAGGAGCCCGGCAGCAGCGGCGCGCGUCGGGGCGGCCUGCCCCUGCGCGACUCGCCCGUCAUCGUGCGCAACCCGGACGUGCCGCUGGCCAAGUUCAGCGAGAGCCCGCUGGGCAGCCGCAGAGGCAGCGGUGGGAGCGCGGCCGCCGGUAGCGCCGCAGCGGUGGGCGUAGCGGGCCCGGGUCGCGGCGCCAGGGACAGCGCCGGGCAGCCCCCGCACCUCAGCGCCACGCUGCAGGCCCCCGUGCCCAUCAACGGGGCCAGCGCCACCACCAACGGCGCCGUGCUCCUGCGCAACCCGGCCUCCACCAUCGUGCUGGUCACCUCGGCCCAGUCGCUCACCACCGCCCCCACCAUCAGGUCCACCCACUCGAGUACGGCCGGCGCGCCGUCCGCCCCCGGCCCCGGAGCCCCGGGAUCCACCGCCAGCGGAGGAGAGGGCAGGGAGAGGAACCCCGGAGAUAUCCUGCCCCAGCCCGUGGCCUGCCACCCCACCCCCACCGCCCUGCUGCCACUCAUCGUGCCCGCAGAGUCCCCACACCCCGCCCCACGCAAGGACAUCAUCAUGGGCCGCCCCGGCACAGUCUGGACCAACGUGGAGCCGCGCUCGGUCCCCGUCUUUCCAUGGCACUCAUUGGUCCCCUUCCUGGAGCCCAGCCAGUCGAAUUCCAACGCGGCCCAGCCUGCCGACAGCCAGCCACUCAUGAACCAGAGCAAAGAACCUCGGUGUGGAGUGGCUCUUGUGAGUGACGGACGCAGCGGCCAAUCAAACGCAGAGAGAGGCUCCCCGUCCCGCCCUCCUCCUUCUGCUGAGGACCCUCCCCCGGAGCGCGAGGCAGCCGACAGCGAGACGGAGAGCGAUGCGGAUGACCUGUUUUUGCCAGGAGUGUCCCAGGAGGCAGCCCCCUCCUCUGGGCCUGCCAAGAGGCGCACGCAGUCCCUCAGCGCCCUCCCCAAAGAUGGAGACAAGAAGAGGGAGAAGGACCACAUCCGGCGGCCCAUGAAUGCCUUCAUGAUCUUCAGUAAGCGCCACCGGGCGCUCGUGCACCAGCGCCACCCCAACCAGGACAACCGCACCGUCAGCAAGAUCCUGGGGGAGUGGUGGUACGCCCUGGGGCCCAAGGAGAAGCAGAAGUACCACGACCUCGCCUUCCAGGUGAAGGAAGCCCACUUCCGAGCGCACCCAGACUGGAAGUGGUGCAACAAGGACCGGCGCAAGUCCCUGUCUGAGGGCCGGGGGACCCCAGGGGCCAAGGACCCGCGAGAGCGCAGCGCCUCAGAGAGCGCAGAGGCCCAGUCUCAGGGAGGGGACCAGAAGGGACCGGGCUCCGGCUGGACCCCCGGAUCGGAGCGUCGCCUGGGGCCCCUGGGCAGCCUGCACCCCCGGCCCAGGGCUUUCUCCCAGAGUGCAGUGCACAGCCUGGAGAGGAGGGAGCGCGAGAGAGACCUGGAGAAGCUGUGUCAGGAGGGGGGUAGCGGGCUGUGCGUGCGGCCGGGGGCCUCGUCUGGUCGGCAGCGGGGUGUCAGCGAGGACGUGACGAGUGACGACGAGCGCAUGGUCAUCUGCGAGGAGGGCGACGAUGACGUCAUAGAUGACUCGUUUGCCGAGGGCUCCAUCGACCUGAAGUGUAAGGAGAGGGUCACCGACAGCGAUGAGGACAACGUGUCGGCGGAUGAGGCUGACAGCAAGCGCACCUUCCAGCCCCUUGGCCGCCCCUCGCGUUCCUUCUCCCCCGGCGGGUUGUCCCGCGGCAGGUCAUCAGCAGGGGGCGACAGCGAGAGCAUGGAGAGGAAGCCCAACAUGGCACCUGGACAAGAAAACGGCGGCCGGCUCAAGGAGGUGAAAGAAGAGAGGAGCGACGAAACAGAAGGAGGAGGAGGUGCAGGGUCACUGCCUCCCACUCACUCCCUCUCCUCCUCCUCUUGCUCCAUCUCUUCGUCCUCCAACGCCACGCACCACCCAGGGAACGGUGUGGCGCAGGUGACGGGCCCCAUGCGGAUGGCCCCCACCGUCGUGACCAGCGUGGUCAGACCCGUGGCCAGCACCCCUGUGCCCAUCGCCAGCCAGCCCAACGGAGACGGCGGCCUCCUGGCAGACAAGAAGGCCAAGCUACUGAUCGCAGCAGGAGGAGUCCCAGUAGCAGCAGGAGUUGGACUCGGAGGUGGAGGAGGUGGCCUGGCCACAGGGGGUGGGUACUUCCCCUUGUCCUCCUCUCCCAAACCGUUAGGGGUCGGUGUCGGUGUGGGGGGCGGUCUGGUCACCAGCCUGGUGCUGGGUGGCGCCUUCCCCAGCCAGCCGGGCACCGUCCAGCUCCUCACCACCACCACCACCCCACCCCACCCCCUCCCAGCAGCCCCUAGUCCCACCCACCACCUCCACCAUCACCACCACCACCACCAGGGCACCGCCACCAACGGCGCUGCCCUCCCCAUCACCAUCCCCGCCAUGCCCCUGCUGCAGCCCCAGUUCCUCCCCGCCUCCUCGCUCACCCCCCCUGCUGCUGGCGGUGCCAUCAAGCCUGUCACUCAGGUGCAAUACAUCCUGCCUACCCUACCAGCCAAUCCCAAGAGCCCUUCCCCACUCCAGCAGCAGCCUCAGAUGCAACAGCAGCAGCAGCAGCAGCCAACCGGCCUCCUCACUUUGCCCACAGCCCCGCCUACCCACAUGUCCUCCUUGGCCAAUGGUGUGCAUUCGGGGGCAGGACCAGGGAUAAGAUAUGCCUCAGUGCCCGCCGCAGUGGGCGGGCUCAGCCCAGGAGGAGGAGGAGUUCAAGCACAGUCCCCCGUCUUGCAGAGCAAGAUGCUGGUGCCCAUGGCGGCUGUGAGAACAGGCUCCACCCCCCCGCAACCCAUCUCCCUGGUAGCCCCACCGCUUCCUGUUCAAAAUGGCGGCCAACCAGGAAGCAAGCAGAUCAUUCAGAUCGCCCCGAUGCCUGUGGUCCAGACCAACGUUCAUCCCUCGGCACCAGUGCAUCAUGGGAAUUCCUUCCCGGUCUCCAUGGGAACAGCGACUGUUAUGGCUCCGGGCUCGGCUCCCCCACAGACUGUUCUGUUGACUCCUCCUCCCACAAGAAUCACUUAUGUCCAGUCAACCCCGGGCGUGGCCACACCUAUGCCACUGGUCUCCACGGCAACAGUCUGCACCCCUCAGCAGGCCCCGCCCCACUCAGGUCCAACAUUCCUGCAGUCGCCCCUGGCAACCCUGGGCUUCACUGCCAUCGCCCCUGCGGCCCAGGCCCUGGUCCAACCAAUCACACCAGGCCAGACUCCCCUCUUGGCGCCAGCUCCUCCCCCCAGCUGCCCGUCACAGCCCGCCGCAGCCAAUGGGGCGCCGCGCCAGCUCCUGACCGCCAUCUACCCCGCCCCUAGCGUCACCCUGGCCACCGGGGUGGUUUCUGUGGCAACCGUGCCACCCAACAUGACCCUGGCCUCCUCUUCCGCCUCCUCGUCCAAUCCCGGCUCUCCGGCCUCCACCUUCCACAUGGCCGCCGUGGCCACCGCCGCCACACCUGUGGAGCAGACGCAUGUGCAGGUGCAGGCGGACGCUCAGCUGGGCUCGUCUCCUGUCGCCGUGGAGAUGGAGAGGGCAGGUGUGCGGGAGAGAGACGUGGACGCGGAGGCGCAGGUGGAGACCGGUGGACACAGCGCGGCCACGGCAGCACAAGCAGCAAGCCCUGCGCGCCACCCCACUGAUUCCCACACAGGUCGCCAUGGCAGCAUGCAGGUCAUGGCGCAAGAAGCGGCCAAUCACAGCGAGCCUGAGAGAGACAGGAAGCGGGAAGAGGGUGGCGUGUCAUGGAGAGACCAGUCAGGCGAAAGCCAGGGGUCCGACAGGGCCCCUAGAGAGGACCAUGGCAAAGAGGUGAGGCGUAAGGAGCCCAGCUCCCCCCCACCUCCUCCCUCAGGACUGGAGCCUCCUCCUCCGCCUCCCCAGAACGACAACCCCAUCAAGAAGGCCAAGUCCCGCCCCCCGCCACUCAAGAGGACCUUUGAGCCCGCUGACAAGGUGCUGUCGGGGUCGUCCUUCGAAGAGCGACUGGCCGAGCUGCCCGAGUUCCGGCCCGAGGAGGUGCUGCCCUCCCCCACCCUGCAGAGCCUGGCCACCUCCCCCCGAGCCAUCCUGGGAAGCUACCGCAAGAAGAGGAGGAACUCCACCGAUCUGGACUCUGCAGACGACCCCAGCUCGCCCCGGAGGAAGAGCCGUCGCCUGUCCAGCUGCAGCUCGGAGCCCAACACGCCCAAGAGCGCCGCCAAGUGUGAGGGAGACAUCUUCACCUUUGACAGAGCAGGAGAUGGGGAAGAUGUGUUGGGGGAGGGGGAGCGCGCUCCGUACUCCUCUCUGCGCCGCACCUUGGACCAGCGCAGAGCCCUGGUCAUGACCCUCUUCCAGGAGUACGGCUUCUUCCCCUCAGCCCAGGCCACGGCAGCUUUCCAGGCCAGCCACUCCGACAUCUUCCCCACCAAGGUCUGCCUGCAGCUGAAGAUCCGAGAGGUUCGUCAGAAGAUCAUGCAGACGGCCACCCCCGGCACGCCCUCCGCAGACUUCCAGGUCUCCUCCCCCCACCCCUCCUCCUCCUCCUCCUCCUCGGACCCCAACCCCGGCUCUGGCUCCGGGCCCGCAGGCACCUCCUCCAACGCCCCGCUGCGAGAGGAGAGCAGGGCGGACCUCGAGGAACAGGGGAGCGGUCACGAGGAGACCAACAGCGAAUCGCAUGAGGCGUCCACUAGAUGAAGAGGAGGGACUCAACAACAGCAACAAGCGAUGAUGAUGAUGAUGAUGAUGAUGAUGAUGAUGAUGAUGGAUGAGAGACACACAAGACACAUACAAAAUGACAGGGAGGAAGAUGGAUGGAUUGCGUACACGUUCCCACAUAUUUACAGUACAUACAACAACACACUUUUUUUGUGGCUAAUUUUUUCUUUGACUCUUUUUUUUUUCUUUUCUUUGUGGGACACACGGAUACGUUAUGUGGCACACUGUCUCUUUGAAACACAUUCACCUCCACAGCAACCCAAAAUCACACACACACACAUGCAUGCACUCUCGAACACACACAUGAUGAAUGCAUACAUGUAGACAUCAGCAUGCAUUGCACACACAUGCACACACACACGCACACAGACGCAAAACGUUACCCAUAUAUAACUCACAAACUGUUAUGCAAGGACACAAACACACAACAACAACAAAAAAAGAAAAGAAUGAAAGCUAUAUCUAUAUUUUGCCGUCGCACAACGGACAAACACACACACACACACACACACACACACACACACACACACACACACACACACACACACACACAAAUAGGCACAAAAUGUACUUUUUUGUAAAGAAAGCAUGACCAGGCACACACUCACUUUGUACAGCAGGGAGGAGAAGGAGAAGAAAGGCAGGACAUCCAAACCAAGCACCAUGCUGACCGAUGGCCACACGAGUCGACACAACACCACAAGAAGAAAACAAGCUCACAGACCUACGUCGCGUACAAAUCCUCAAAACAAAAAACAUACCGGUUCUUCGUCAGACCGACCAACGGACCGACUGACGUAGUGUCAUGUACAGUCACUGCACGGCACGGGACUGAAAAAAACCCCACCAUCAACUCACCUCUCCCAACAUUCCCUCCCUCUACCCCCCCACGCCACAAACACACACCCCCACCCCCACCCCCAGCGUGCCCACCUAGCGUGCCCACCCACCCAGCGAAGCCUCCACCACACACAUCCAGCAUCGGUGGCUCGGUGUCCGGCUACCCAAACCUCAGUUUCAGUGCCCUACUAUGCUGCGCCACUGGCAGCCCCGUGACUGACCUCUGCCCCCGUUUCACCCUUGACCUCUUGACCUCUUGACCUCCUUCUUCUUCGCCCUCUGCACAUCUUUAUUAACCAAGCCAUUGGCUCUCCUCAUCAGCUUGAUUGUUAUACUGAAUGGAUAAGAAUGUCUCUUAACCCCCAUGUUUUCCUGGUUUUCCCUCUCUUGGUCAUUUUCUCCAGUUCCUUACUUUUUUUGAAGGGGGUUUUGUAUCCAUUUUGGGGGGAAACAAAUGGACAGAUGUAGAGCCAUAGUGGUUGGCUUUCCUUUCACCCAGACCCCAAUGGCGAGUGCACAGAAUAGCAGUGGGGGAAGUCUGGGUGGGAAAGAAACACUUUUGGGGUUCCGGUGUGCUGUCGAGAUGAUCUGCCUGUCAAACUGAGCUCCAGGGGUUAAGGAUAGGUUUGGGGAAUGUAGCUUUUCGGUUUGAGAUUUGGGUUGGGUUCGGUUAGGGAUUGUGUCAGGGAUUUGGGUUAUGGUUAGGGGUUUGGAUUAGGGCAAGGGUUAAAACUAUGCCAACAACCUACUGGUAGCUCAUUUCGACAAUGCAGCCCAUCUGGACAAAACGCUUUCCGGUUCAGGUCAGUUGGUCUGGAGAGAAGGUGAGGUAGCACCAGCGCUCCUCUCAGGUAGCAGCAGCAGGAGGAAGUCAUGCAGCAGUAAUGCAUUUGUGUCUUCCUGUGGCGUUCAAAAUGGCUGUUCUUUUUUUUUUGCUUCAGUGUUUUUCCCCUUUCUUCCUCACACCUCCUUCCCCAACUUGUUUUUUUUUUUAAUUUGUGUUUUCAUUUUUUAUUUUAACUGAACCAAACAAAACGUUUGGUGACUCAAGACUUGCAACUGACAAAGCGGCUGGGCUAAAAUGUCAGGGGAGGAGAAGACAAGGCUGUGGUGACUGCCAAAAAAAACCUACAUACCUACAUACAUGUAAACACACAGACACAGACAUACAAACACAUAUACUAGGGAGAGAUAGAGUGACUCUCACGAGACGACAGGAGAAAUGGAUGUAUAUCUUCAAAAAGAGGGAAGAAAGGUGAAAAAAAUAUAUGAAUUCACAGAGCUUGUACCCCAGCACCCCCCACCCAACCCCCAGCCCUCUCUAACUCUGUCUCUAGUGUGUGCGUUGUUGUCAGCACUCGUAUCGUCAUGGUGAACCCGGUUAACCUGUGACAGAAACAGUCUGCAUCUUUGUUCCUGGAUGGCUGUGGUAGGCCAUUCUCUUUAGCACGGACUAACCUGAGCAUACGCACAGUAACAUUUGCAGCGUUACAUCUCACUCAGAGAGUUUAAUUUAGCACUGAGAGUGCUGGUUGUAUUUUGUGAGUGUCGAUUUAACACUGCAGCCGUUACUGUGCAGAUACACCACCCCGUCGUUGUCCAAGCAGGCUUGUGCUCUUUUGCUCCUCACUCCGUAAGAAGUAACCUCCUUUUUCGAGCCUUUUCGUGCUCAUUCCCAUGCCCUGCCUCACUUACAAAUAUAUAUAUAUAUAUAUUAUAUAUACCCUGUAGUGUGUACGUUAUGGAUGGGGGGGUGCUAGUUUCUUUUGAAAUAUAUAUAAAUAAAAUGUUUCAGUCAGGUGUUUGCACAAUAAGUGGCCCCGAGGCCACGUUUAAAAUCAGGAAAGUAUUGUUUUUUUGAUAGAUAUUUAAAAAAAUUAACCACAUAUAAGUUCCAUUUCCCCGUGACAAAAUAAACCCCUGCCAAACCCCAAUCGCCUGUCCUAACCCCUACCUACCUGAUCCC